AUGGAACGCCCACCAUACACAGAUAAUGCCCCACUAUCAAUCACAUACGCUUUUAAUAGUUCUUCUAAUCAUAUUUCUCAAUUUAAUGGAACUGCGAUAACAUCUUCUUCGAUCGAUGAUAACCCUUCACCAACAUUACGUGGUACUCGUGAAGAAGAAUUAUUAGCCAAAGUUCCCUUUGUGAUUGAAAAUGAAAUGAUAAAAUUAUUACAAAAGAAUCCAAACAAUAAUGACACUACUACUACUUCAAAAUCAAAUCCAUUGCGUAAUAAAAUACGCUAUGAUGGUGAAAAUAGUGAAGCAAUGGAAACAACAAUUGCAAUGGAACCAAUUUAUGAAAAUGUACCAUUGAAAUCCGAAACUAAAGAAUACGUCAAUAUGCCAAUAUCCGCUUCCACAAAUGAUUUUCCUCAUGGUUCUUAUUAUUACUAUACAGCCGAUUCUAAUACUAAUAAUAGUGCUCAAACACAGGAGAAACCUCGAAGAACACGAAAGAGUAAAAAUCAACAGCAGCAACAAGUAGAUGUUCAACGAAAUGGUAUUGAUAACGCUCUGACAUUUACUCAAGAGCAAUUACAACAAUAUAUUGCACAACAAUCACCUUCAUCUUCCGAUUUUGAUACACAAUCUCAGCAAUAUGUCACACAAUUAUUACAACAAAAUGGUUACAUUCUACAACCAAUGUCAUCAGACGUUUGGACAGCAUUAUUUAAUCAGUCAAAUCCAACACAACAACAACAGCAAAAUGGUGAUGCGAAUAAUGAAACUGGUACAUCAUCAGUACCAACUACCAUUAGUCGAGCCCGUUCAAACCGUAAUCAACCAAUAUAUUUUGCUAAUCGUCUUACAAAUCCCGUGUUCAGUGUCGAUAAAGAACUAUUAACAAAUACCAUUGCAAAUCAAUUUGGUUAUGAUAUUGAUUCUCCUCAAUUACAAAAAUUAGUUCAAAAUCAACAUUUAUUUGCAGCUAGACGUCGUACAUUUGCCAAUAUGGUUUGGCAAUUGACACCUGAUGAAGAAGUGGCACUUCUCUCUUCCUCAUCAACAAAUCAUUCACCAUCGAAUGAUCUUGAUACAACGACAAACGAAACCAAUAAUAUUAAUAGUAAUCAAGAACACGGAUUAAUUAGUAAUGGAAAAUCAAUAUUGAAAAAAGAGGUUGUUAAAAAUAAACCCUUAAUUAUUUCAUCAACAAAUACCACUGCUUAUAAUAAACGAAAAAAUGUUAGUUUUACAAAUGCUACAUUUUAUGUUAGUUAG